UCUCAACAAAGCAAAUAACAUAUAAAAGUAAACCAAUAGUUACUUUAAUACUGUAACCGAGUGUAAUAAUGUCAUUCUGUUGUGGACGUUUUAAAUCAACAGAAAUAUGAAGCUGAUUGACUGUCAGUUAAAAAUCAGAACAAUUUUAAGUAUGUCUAACGACGGAACACCAGAUGACCAGAUUGGAGAAGCUCUUUUAAUCCGGGUGGUUCAGGAUCAGAUGAACAUCACUACAGGAGGAAAAGUCUGUUUCCCACGUCUCCCUGAGGUUCAACCUUUCCACAACGUUCAGCACCAGAACCUGUUGGAUCAGCUGGCCAUGUCGCUUAGAGUGAUCGGUGACCAACUUAACAACGAGAAAAACUUUAAUGACCAGAUCGAUGGUUUAGCACGUCUAGGUGAUAAGAAGAUUUUUUCCAGACUGGUGGAAGGCGUCUUCGAUGAUGGACAUAUCAACUGGGGAAGAAUCAUCGUGCUGUUCUACGCAGUCGGAAAGCUGGCCGUGAAGAUGGUUCUGGCAAACCUGCCCGCAGUCUUCUCGGAAAUCCUGGAUUCCUGUUUGGAUUUCUUCAGGACAAAGCUGUUGGCAUGGAUUCGCAACAUGGGUGGAUGGAUCAGCAGCAUUUCAGCGCUGACGCAAUUCUCCACCGAGCAUAUCUCCACUUCAUCCUUCCGCUUCGAUUACCUCAUCAGCUUUGUCUGUGGGAUCAUGUUGGGUAGCGCCGUCGUCUGGAAGCUCAGCAGAAGCAGCUGAAAAGAGGCUGGAAGAGACCAAACAAGAUGUGACAAGAUGCUCUUUUUUAUCUUAUUAAAAUUGUCAUGCUUCCAGAUUGUUCUACAGUUUAGUACUUUAAUAUUGAAACUAAAUAUUAAUUCCAUUUUAAAAAGGUUUUAUUCUGCGGUCGAAAAUGUUUUGUAUUGUGUACAUCUACGGAGCAGUUGGGAGUUUUUGGUGCCCUCUGCUGACUUUAAGACAAAUUACAAUGAAGCUGCACUGAUGUUCCUUUCUAGAGGAUUAUAGGUAUUACGAGUUCUGUGAUCAAUUUUCACGGUUUUGUAUCAGGUAUAAGAGUUUACACACUUUAACAGCUGGGAGUUGCUGGAGGUUUAUGUCAUUUAUCAGAAUCUGGCUCUGGCUGCACUUAUUUCUUUCUGAAGAAUUACUGCAUUGUCAGCAAAAAAUAAUUGUCUCAUAAUGUCACGUUUCUGUCUUGUGUCCACUGUGUCCCCACAUGAUGUCCCUGGUCCUUGACAUGUUCCCAUUCCUGUUUGUUGAGUACUGAAUGUCUUGUACAUUUUAGUGUUGGUUACCAUCCUGGGUGUGUUACAGUGCCCGAAUUAGACCAUUAGAAGGGAUGCGACGGAUCGUUUCCGUAUAGCGUAGGAAAAGCUUCAGUCAUGUUUCAUUCUACGCUGCUGUGUAAUUAUUUUCUUCUGUGUAGUAAACAUCUAACAAGUCAACACCUCUACCUCAGGAAGAAGCACAGUGAUGUCACUUGAAGAUCCAUUAAAGUCAUUCAAAGUAAUUUUUUUAACAAUAAAAAAAGUGUUUCUAUUAGUGUUUUUGGAAAGUAAUACAAAUAUGCAGAGUUGAUUCAGUUUUCUUGGGAGUGUGUGUGUGCGUGUGCGUGUGUGUGUGUGUGUGUGUGUGUAUGUGUGUUUGUGUGUGUGUGUGCGUGUGUACUGCUGUGUACAGAGUUUUCACAGAGCAGCUUCACAGAUACAGAUACAAUUCAGUCCCUUAGGAUGUUGUAAAGAAGUCUCUUGAGUACAGUGUGCUUUAUUUCUUUCCACCGUACGUUUACAAUCAGGAACCGUAACCUCCGUUUAUUACCAGAAAUGUUUUGUUUCUUGUGAACAUCAGGUUUCUUUUGCGGAUGAACACUGACAUCUCACUUCACUUGAGAAAUACUCAACAACUCCAAAAAAAUUAUCAUUUUUUGAUUACAUUUUUUUUUAUUAUAAUACAGUCAUUAUUUUGCAAUAUAUACGUCUGCAUGGAGUUUUGAAUAUGUUCAAAAUAAAGGUUUAUUGGUUAUAA